GUAGAGCGGAUUAGGCGUACGCAAAUGACGUAAACCGCCGCGUUUGUAACGUGAAACGUUUCCUAAAACAGCGAAUUUGAUUCCAGAAUGACGUUCUCUCCGCACCAGCGACAUUGCGGUUAUUGAAUGAAACCUUCACGGGCUUCGUGGACAAACAGGGACGCUAGUCCGUGUGUCGCCCGUCCUGGGCUCGAUUUGAGCGGCGCCGUGCAGGAGUGAGCCGAAGCUGUUGGAUCACGAGGCCUAAACAUGGUGAGGCUGGAUCUCAACCAGGUGGUGAUGAGGAGGAUGAAGGAGGAUGACAUCGAAGCAGUGAAAGCCCUCAUCAAGGAAGGGUGCGAGGGCACCGAGAACCGGCUCAUCCUCCACAUCCUCACGCGUCCGCUCUGCCUCUUCACCCUGGCUGUUUUCUCUUCAGUGCUGCGUUGCCUCGUCCACUCCUUCAUCCUGGCCCUCGCUAUUCCCGUCUUCCUGCUCAUUGUCUUUCUAAAGAUCACCAUGCCUCGGUCAACAGGGGUUCUAGGCAGCAGCCGGCCCUAUUGGGACUACGUGGGCAGCAGCUACAGAGGGUGUCAGGAUGAGAUCCUGCAGAAUCCCUACAGUAGGAUCAGUGGGAAAACACCGGGAAGUAAAAAGCAAAGGCGCAAAAUUGGACCUACAGAAAAAGAGAUGCCAUCAGAGGAGGUCACUGCUGAGCGAGAGCAGGCAGCAGGUCAGGUGUGGGUGGCGGACUGCGAGGGGGAGAUCUUGGGCUGCAUCUUCCAGGAGAGUGAGACACGCCCGGGCUUCAGGAGGAUCUGCAGGCUGGUGACGGGCAGCUGGUAUCGCAGGGAGGGUCUCGGUCGAAUGCUGGUCCGGAGUCUGGAGCAGAGGGAGCUGGAGACCGGUACACACAGAUUAUACGCUCACGUCCCCUACCCGUCCAAACUGGCGGAAGCCUUCUUCAAGAAAGUGGGCUAUCGACAGCUGGGGGAGGGGACUGAUGAAGAAGAUGAAGAUGAGAUAAAAACAGAGACUCCGGAGAGAGGAUUUAUGGGAUACCCCCUCACUAAAGUCUUCUACAAAGAUCUGUGAGGGAUGCUGGACUUGUGCAGGUAAAGAAAGCUGAAAGGUGUCAAAAACAAAGUGUCUUCUCAGUGUGGUAACGCCUCCUAUGGUCGUUUUUUUUCAUUAUGUGCAAAAUGUAUUAAUUUGUGGAACUUUGUUUAACUUAUGCAGGUAUUUAUUUAUUAUAUGAGUUACUAAAACUCAAAUCUCUCAUUUGAAACGGCAUCUUUCUGUUUUGAUAACAGUCUUCAUGAUUUAUUUAUGCAAAAACAUUACGACGUCUCAGGUGUGCUGUACAAAUAACUACACGUGAUAAAAUAAAACGCUUCUGCAAAAGGUG